GGGGAGGCGGCGACGCGCGGGCUGCGUCACGCCGGAGGCGCUGCUGCUGCUGCUGCUGCUGCUGGAGGAGGAGGAAGGAGCCGCUCGCCGCGCGCCCGUUAACCCGGCGCCGCUCCCUCGGCCGCGCGCUCCCCUCGCUCCCCACCAGCCCUUGGCGAGCGGCGACAGGCGAGAGACCCGACGUGCGGCUCCGCCAUUGCUGCCGGAGCUCAAGGCGAGGAGGCCAGGCGGAGAGCCGCGGGAACAUCCGCAAAGGCAGGAGGCGAGGUGAGGCGCAGAGCCGCGCUCCGGGGGCGAGGAGGGGCUGCAGCCGGGGGAGGGGCACGGCCCCCGGGGGUGGGCAGCCGCGGGCACCCCUUGGCAGUCCUUGUGUCUCGGAGAAGGAGGGCAGAGAGGACAAAGGGGCGGGCGGGCGGAUGGGGAGGAAGGAUGCAGGGAUGCAGGGAGAGAGGGAGGCAGGGACCCCGGGAGGGGCGCCGGGAUGGAGGCGGGCGGGCAGGCGGGGGCGGAGGGGCGAAGAGAAGAAAGGGAAGCCAGGGCUGGCGGGGGGGGGGGCACCCAGAGGGGCGAAACGGGUCUCAGCCCCAGACCUUGGAACUUGCAGAGCAGGCUCCGCGCAAGCGGCUCUCUCGCUGCGCACCGAAUUGCGGGGAAGGAAGGGGUCGAGUAGCGCACUCCCUCCUCCCCCCCCCAGCCCUCCAUGGAUGACAUGUUAGGAAAGUGGGGUUGGUCGUGCCCCCCAGGUGGCAAGUGGUCUCGUGUCGGGAGGGAGGCUGGCCAUUUUUUGGUGCAGAGCGUUCUUGUGACCCGUCCUUUGCGCUUCCGCACGUGUGCAUUUUCCAGGACUCCCUUUCGUCCAGGAAAAGAAAAUGGUGAAGCUGGGAAAUAAUUUUAGCGAGAAGAGCACAAAGCAGCCCCUCUUGGAGGAUGGAUUUGACACCAUCCCCUUGAUCACUCCCCUGGAUGUCAAUCAGCUACAGUUCCCACCUCCUGAUAAGGUACAGUCGGUUUUUGGUUUCCACCCCUGACAAUCGCACCCAGAUCUCAGGCAAACAACAAAAGAAUGUCUGUCACAGAGGCUUGCAAAGCAACACUGGGAAACCAGGUUUUUCGGUUUUGAGAAAUAUGUCGGAACCAACAAUUGUGUAGUUUAAAGGUUUUGCUUGAGAAUUAAAUCUAUUGCUACUUCCUGUGAACCUUUUAAAUUACAGUAUCAUAUGUCUGGUACAUCUGUUUCAAUCAUAUAAUAUCUCUGUGUCUUUUUACUCCAUUUUACAGCAUCUGAAUCACCAAAUCCCCCAUUGUUUAGCCAGUAACCUGCUGCCAACCUCAUCCCUAUGUGUUUGAAUAAUAAGUUCAUUCUGAAUAAUGAGGUUGUCCUCUUCUUUCCAGGGUUUGCAGUGCAGCUUAAGAAAUAUUUUUGAACAAAAAUACUCUCAGAUCUUCUCCAUUAGAUUUCCCUAGAGAACAACCCCAUGAGGCUCUUCCCCAUGAGGCUCGCCUGGGACUGAGAGGAAGGAGGCUUUCACAAGAAAUGCUUGUGCCUCUAAAGGACAUGUAAAACGUGGUUGUCAUGCAUGGAUUCAAUUACAGUACAUUACCAACAUCAUUAAGUGAUACUUUUCUAGGGACAGAAAGGGAUUCAUAGCUUAUGCUACAGAUUUGACCUGGUUUCAUGGUUAUUGCCUCUUCCCAGGGAAAAACCAUAGCAGAGAAUCCGCAGCACCCACACAAAAUUAUACUUCUUAGGACUGUGGGCUGGGGAACCCAGACAAUUACACUGGAAUAACCUCAGAUAAGUUUGGUGGCACUGGAUUUGUGGAAUUCCCUCCCCAGGUGUCUGGUGCUGAAGUAGUUGUAUUUCUUUGGUGCCAGGAAAAUACUUUCUUAUUCCCCCAGGCUUCUAAAUUUCAGUUGUUUUAACUGCUGCUUUUGUCUUUUUAUUACUGUACAAUAAUUUUUAUUAUUGUAUUCCAUAUUAUUUAUGAUAGUUGUUUGUUUUUUAAAAAAUGAAGUCCUAUGUGAACUAUCCUCCAAACAUGUUUGCAGGACGAUAUUUACAAAUUUAAAUAAAAAUAUCCAUUAGAGACAACCCAGAGCAGGUACUGGCCCUUUUUAACUAGCUUGUAAAGAUAAAUUGCAAGUAAUGCUUGGAAAAGGAAUCUGUGGAUAUACUUAGGGCCCUGGAAGCCUUGAAUAUCAGAUCUGAGAGCUGUGGUUGUUGCAACAUAGAACACACAAAGGCUUUGUUGCAGCUGCUCUACAUGCUUUUGUUCACAUCCCUGGGUGUGGCUUCUUGCCCACCAGAUACCCUCUUUGCACUCAGCCCAGCUCUUCAGUUGUUGCUCCUACAUAAUUUUGUUCUCCAAUAAAGAAUAUGACAAGGUUGUAUAUGGGAUAGGAGCAUAUCUUGACAUGUCCCCUGGAAAACGUUGUUGAGUUGGGCUAGCUAGUAAAGGCUUUUGGCUACUCUUUUUGGCUUUUGACGGGUGUUCCCCUUCCUUCUUCACCAGAAACUGCCAAAUAAUGUAAUCAGCAGUUGGGCAUCAAAUACAUCUGGAAACUGGGUUCCAGGCUGAUUUUUCAUCACCAUAUUGCUCUUAAUCAGAGUAGACCCGCUGAAAUUAAUAAACUUGACUAAGUUAAUUUCUUUAGGUCUGUUAGGAGUAAAAGUCGGUGACUACCACCCCUACUAUACUUGUCCAUAUAAUAAACAAGAACUCCUAAUGCCAGCUCUCUCCGGCAUAAUUUCCAUCCACUCUUCACCCUGGGAGCCACAAAAGAAGUGUUUAAACCAUAGGCUUCACAAUCCUUCCUUUCAUUGCAUAGACUAGUCCAGGGGUCAGCAACCUUUUCCAGCAGGGGGCCCGUCCACCGUCCCUCAGACCAUGUGUGGGGGCGGACUAUAUUUUUUGGGGGGAAAUGAACAAAUUUCUAUGCCCCACAAAUAACCCAGAGAUGCAUUUUAAAUAAAAGCACACAUUCUACUCAUGUAAAAACACCAGGCAGGCCCCACAAAUAACCCAGAGAUGCAUUUUAAAUAAAAAGACACAUUCUAUUCAUGUAAAAACUCGCUGAUUCCCGGACUGUCCGUGGGCCAGAUUGAGAAGGCGAUUGGGCCAGAUUCGGCCCACGGACCAUAGGUUGCCUACCCCUGGACUAGUUCCUACAGCUGAGUUGAAAAUGGGCCUUCCAGCUCCAGGUACUGGUUGUUGGUUGUCCCACCCAACACAACUUGAAUACGUGAUGCCUUCUACCACUUAACAGGGUAUCCUGAACCAAGGCCAUUGUUGAAAAUUCCCUCUCCACCGCGUGGCCCCCCCGAAAGCCGAUGGGUAGCUGCACACUGAGAAGGCUACAGUUUCAGCAGAAAUUGUGUGACUUGCUUUGGUCUCAUGGUAGCACGAGGGAUGCCCCUGUGUCCUGUCCCUCGACCCCCACUGCUCUGUCUCUCCCUUUUCCAAAACAGCCAUUUUGCCACUUGCAGCUACCCCAAGAACCAUUUUGGUUAAAAGUAGCUGCGGACAUGGAUGUUGCCUCCUCUGCCUUAUGGUGACCAAGUAGCGAUGCUGGGAGCAUGUGCAUCCCAAGCGUAUGUGCAGGCAGACAUAGAUAGCUUGAGUGGGGAACCCCCUGUAGAAGCCCAUUGAUAAUGAUCGGGGUCAAACUGCCCAUGGCACUCAGUUGUCUAUUAGCACUGGCAGGAGCAAAAGGUUUCUUCCUAAGGCUAAUGGGGGAUUUUUGGUUAGAGUUGUGAUGGGGGAAGAAUGAACACUUCCCCUCCUUGUGCAUUGUGGUCCUUAUGAAAAUGGCCUCUUCCAGCUUGCUACUAUUUAAAAACAAAACCUGGAAUACUGGCUCAUAACACAUUCACCUUUGAAGUUGGCUUAGUUCUCAGGCGUGCAAUUUCCGCUCAUUCCAAAGCUUGAGGAAACCCAGUCUUGGCUGGCUCCCUGAGAUAUCACAAGGCCACGCCCCUCUCUGGGCCAGGAUUUUCAUAUGGUUUUGCUUAGGUGGUUUUUAAAUAAGCAACUAGUGCAAAAAAGGACAUUCCGUUUAAUGAAUGUACAUAGUGUGUGUUUUUGAAAAAUAGAAUAAAGGGAGUCAGCUUGAGGUAUGGAAGGGGUGGAGAAAGACAAUAGGCUAGGACAAUAGACUUUCAUCAUUCAAUUGGCAAUUCUGUCAACUGCAUUCUGAAUGCAGGAAGAAGCUGGGCUCAUUCUUCUCCUGGGAUACUGUAUAUUGCGACUCCCUUUUUGCAUCUACUUGUACCUAAUUCCUUCUAGAUGGUGGAUGCUGAACCUGUGGUCCUCCAGAUAACCCUUUAAUUCCCUUCAACCAUUUAACUGUUUCCACAGUUAAGGGCUUAACCAGAGGCUGAAAGCAAGUAUGCCUGGCACAACUGAAGUUGAUUAGUAUUUUCCCCUAGCAAACCUGUUUCCUCCCAAAAUCAGACUUUUUGUGAUGAGGAAAAAGUGGGUUCACAGUUGCUUCAUGCAACAUCAUGCAACCUCCCUGCAAACAGAUCACAUUGAUUGCUCAGUAAAUCGUUGGAGUCAGUCUACUUCUCUGGAAACAUUGCACAAAUAAUCAGGUAGCCAACAGUCCUGAGCUAGAUGUACUAGUGAUCUGAGUCUGCUUAAGGCUUCUUCUUUACUUCCUGAAAGUGAGCAGUGACCAAUGGCUAAAAAGCAAUUUCUGUCCCAAACCAGGUCAGAAUUGAAAUCAAAAUGUUAUCCAGGAAUGCCAGUAGACGAACAGGCACCACCUUGCCUGUAAAAGGCACUGAAUACCUUGAGCAUCUUGACAAGAAAGGAAGGUUUGCCACUGGUUGCUAUUUUUAAAAAAUAACAGGACUUGGGAAGGAUUUCUUCAAGAGGGGUCUUGCAUCUGCCCCAUUUUGAAGAUGUCCCUCAUGCAAUUCCAUUAACACACUCUUGCAGAGGUAAGAACAUGGGCUUCAGCAUGAUUUCUUGGCCCAAUUUCAGAGCGGUGAAAAGAAGGGGGAAAUGGCAGGAGGGGUGGCAGAAAGAGAGAGAGAAAGGGGGGGGAUGAGAAGGAGAGACAGGAGAGGGAAAGAAACAGCAUCAAGGGAGGGAGGGAGAAAUGGCAGGUAGCCCCUCCCACCUUGCUUCCAGCCGCUAGAGCAUAGUCCUUGACAGAAGAAAAGCUUGCUCGCCUCUGCAUUAUAUAGUGCUGUUUGCUAGUGAUGUGAUUUUAAAAAGGAGGCUUUUCAAGGUUUAAUUUUAUGGGGGAAUUCUACCUAGGAAAAGAGCAUGGUGUAGCAACAGGUUUCCUCAGUCAUGAGGCAUUUUGAAGUUUUACUAUUGAAAUUAGUGGACUUAACAGUUCAGUAAAACUUGCUUGAAUGCCACCCUAUGUCUUUCUCUGCUAUGGUAUCAGAUCAUCAAAUUCUGCCCAAUGCAGUGAGUUUGGAAAGGGCAAUAAUAGUACACUUGGUGUUUAUAUAGUCUUUCCUGUAAAGUGGUUGGAGCCCAGGGUUGCCUGAGCAGACUUCUGCUUGUGUCACAGGACUUCCACUUGUGGUCCCUCCAUAGGGACCUCCAGAGCACAUUUUGAGGCACGCAGGGGGCUGCAGAGGGGAGGGGAGAAAGGCGAAGGCCUGCUGGGGAUGUUUUGCUCACCAAAGAAUGGCACUGUGUACAACCCAUUAUUUCAAGGGACCUUUAAGAAAAGGCUUAACGAAAGGUGGGUCAGUGCUAUUGAGCUGCCCAGUUUAUAGCUUAACCUCUUAGUCAUGAUGCACAGGAGCUUUUCAUAGACCCCGAAUCUGUCCAGCUUUCUGAUUCUAGAAAACAGCACCAUUUUUAAAGGUAUUCUGCAAGGAUUUAAGUCAGGGCUUGCCAACCUUUUGUGGCACAUCUGGAGAAGCUGUCAUGGGCAGCACACACACAACCCCUAAUGUCUCACAGACUAUUAUAUUGGCUACAACAGAAUGCUUCUUUCAAGCAUGAUUUUUUUGGGGGCGGGGGAAGGAAACCUGUGGGUGCCAUGGAAUGAUGCUGUGGGCACAUGUGCCAUGUUGGCCACCCCCAAUUUAAGCCACCCAGCAUUUAAGGAAGAUUUAUAACCUUAAGCACAAUGAGGUGAACGUGAACACCACUGGAAUUGCAGGUGUCUGCUCAGAAGUAAGCCCCGUUGGUGCAAGCCCCAUUGAAAACAGAGUAAGGAUGUUUAGAGUUGCAGCCUAAGGAUGUUUAUACACUGGGGUAAAACACAAGCUUCCUUUUGCACGGCAAUACCUAACUUAGAGACCUGAAUGUUAGCCUAAUAUGACACCAAGGUAAGGGAAGACCUGAUGUCAAAUUAAUGAUAAAAAAGCAUCAUCACAGGAAAUGAGGUGGUUGUUACGCAUCUGCUUCCAUAAAUAAUCUCCGUUCAUAAUUUCCCAGUACAGUGGCAGAAGAAAGCACAUGUUAUGCAGCUGCUUAAAAAGUGGUGGGGAAAUCCUUGAGACAUCAAAAACAUUAAGGGUGACCUUUUCCAAUAAAGAUCUUCAUUCAGCAAAUGAGGCCUUGCCAUGAUACUUCGCAACCUGGCUUUUAGGAAGUACAGUAACCCAAACCUGGCUUUUAAAGGAAGUGUUUGAAUUAAUUUAAAUUGCUGCUGCGUUCAGCUAUUGUGAUUUGCUUUAUGUUGGCUCUUGUUUUUAGUAAGUUACUCUUUUUAUUACCUUGAGGGUUGUUGAGAGAAAGCUGGCACAUAAAUAUUAUCAUCACCCAUGGAUACGUUUCCUGCACAAGCAAACCCCACUUGAAACAGACAGGAACUGUUUCACAGGAGAACUUUCUGGUAGAUUAUGCUCAUAAUGUUCAUGUCACUGAGGACGGAAUUGCAUGUAAUGAGUUGAAUCACGAUUUGAACAUCUUUCCCCCGAUGCCUCUGACAUGUGAGCAGAUGAGCUGCAGAACUGGAUUCAUCAGGUUUGUUUUGUGGCACUUGCCUUCACUGCAAAUUUAAUGAGUAAGUCAUGCACAAAGGGAGAGACGGCUGCAUUGUUAUAUGUUUGAGAGUUUGGCUGCACCAAUCAAGCUGGUAAUUGGUCUCCUGUUGAUGUUCCUUGCAAAGGUGGUGGUCAAGACAAAAACAGAAUAUGAACCUGACCGCAAGAAAGGAAAAUUCCGUACUCCUAAAAUAGCUGAGUUCACAGUCAGUAUCACUGAAGGUGUCUCAGAACGGUUUAAGGUAAGUCAUAUCAUAACUUUAUUUCUGGCAUAAAGAAACAGAUGCUUGACUUAUUCUCUUGUAUUUAGAACCUAUCAUCUCGCUCACUUGGGCCUUGCAGGUGGCCAAACAAAAAACAACAACCCACAACUAUUGUUGCAUAAAUGGGAGAAGUUUGAAGUGAGGAAUUAAAAUCUUUAGUUCUUUGGUGGAAGAAUCAUAGUGGAACCUUUGCCAGAAUAUUGUCUUUUUGGUCCUCUUGAAGACAUUCCUCUUUCAGCAAGCCUUCUAGGUGGAGACUUUUAUCCCAUCUGGUAUUGGAUGAAUUUGAAUAGAUUUAUAGAAGUGUUGCUGUUUUUGAAAGAAAAAUGUUAAUUGUGUUUAUAUAUGCUAGAGUUUUAGCUGUUUUAUAUAUGCAGUUGUUCUGUGUAUGUUUUUAUUUCAUUGUAAAUUGUGCUUGGGAAGCCUCAUGAGAAGCGAUUCAUCAAUGAAAUUAUAUUAUUAUUAUUAUUAUUUAUUAGACCGAGAUUGCUCUAAGAAAGCCCCACAGACCUGUAUGCAAAACCUUAGGGCUCAGAGCAACAGGAUAGUCUCUUGCAUGUGCCUCAUUUAAAUUAAUGGGAAUUGUGUGUUUAAAUAUGGCAUGUGCAGGAUAAUUCCCUAUUGGAUUAUGUCUGUUUAUCUACAGGUUGUUAUUUAUUUAGCAUAAAGGGAUAGCUCCCUGAACCUCUGCUCCUUCAUUUCCAUGUUAACUUUAAUUUCCUUAAAUGCCCCUCCUCCUUAUUCCUUUGUUCUUAGGGUCUGCACUGAUCAGUAGACUGUCUCAGAAAUUUUAUGUUUGAACUCAUGAAUUUGCUGGUUUUUAUCAUCCAUUUGAUGGUGCAUGAAAAAUGUUGUUCUCUAAUAGUGUAAACUUGCAAGUACUAUAGGCCACCAGAGCAGUAGCGAAGGAUAAAUCCUGUCCAGGUUGGAAAUUGUUGGAGGGCUGAUUGAAAGGCUGGCCAAAAAUCAGUUUGCUUUUUCUUUUAAAGAUUGGAUGUUCUUGGUUAGCAGAGAAACAAAAGAUUAGCUUUUGUUGGAAGGUGAGGAUGGAUUAGGGCUGUUUCUGAAUGUUGCUAUCCUUGGCAAGCAUCUUGAGGCAGCCCUUAUUCUGUACCAGUGGCGUGAAAUCCCUCCCACUGGAUGUAAUGGGUGAGAAGACUUGGCCUUUCUAGUGCCUACAAUUUCUGUACUACAUUUUUUUUGGACUUUGCAUAACAGAGGAGCAUAAACCAACAUGGGACAGAACAUCAAAAACCCAUUAAAAGUUCCUGGGAAAGUGUGGCUGUCUCGGGAAGAAGGUGUAGCUUUGCUAACCCAAUUGUCACCAGGUUAGACAAUAAAUAUGAUUUAAAAGUACAGUGGUACCUCGGGUUACAGAUGCUUCAGGUUACAGACUCGGCUAGACCAGAAAUAUUACCUCGGGCUAAGAACUUUGCUUCAGGAUGAGAACAGAAAUCGUGCAGCGGCGGCGCAGUGGCAGCAGGAGGCCCCAUUAACUAAAGUGGUGCUUCAGGUUAAGAACAGUUUCAGGUUAAAAAUGGACCUCCGGAACAAAUUAAGUACUUAACCCGAGGUACCACUGUACUGAGUCAUUGGCACGUGCUUGGAAUUUAGAGGAUCAAAAAAAGAGAGAGAGAUUAAUCUUCUCAUAGUUCAGAUUACCUAAGACAAAGAUAGCAGAUAGACAGGUGAGCUUCUUGGUAGGAAGGAAGCAAAGCAAAAUUGUAACACUAAAAGUAUACACAUAAUGGAUAGCAUUGUGCUGUGACACAAUUCAUAUCUGAUACCCAGUCAAUGCCUAUAAAAUUUGUGCAACUCCAUUCAGAAAGCAAAAGGCCUGAGGAAGGCAUAGUUACAAAAACAGCUAAGAUUGGUGGUGAAAGCAACCAUGUAUAGCUAUAGAAUUGCAGAACUGCAGAGCUGGAAGAGACCCCAAGGAUCAUCCAGGCAUGUCCAACAGGUAGAUCACUGGACGUCUGUGGUAGAUCACUGGUAGAUCAUUGACUCCCCCCAAAGAAGCUGAACAACUGUGGCUCCCCUCCUCCCUGAAAAAACUCAACAUCUUUGACCCGAACCCCCAAAAAGGGGGUAGAUCACUGCCAGUUUUUAACUCUGUGAGUAGAUCGCAGUCUCUUGGGAGUUGGCCACCCCUGAUCUAGUCCAACCCUGUGGCGAUCACACAGGGCCCCCGGACGUUUCACGGACUAUUGACCCUGUGCCACCACUGCGGUUGCUUUCUUCGCUGCCGCCACCCCGCUUCUCACGGGGACACACGGAGUCCAGACAGUUGCUAACACAAACAAAUAAUCAAGUUUAUUUUUACGUGCAGGAAUAAGUGUAUGGUUUCAGUUUAUUUUUCUCUUGUCAGUUUCUUAAAUCUUAGUUCCUACAACUUCAAACUGAAUUAUUCUCAACUAUCUGUCUAACUCCCUAUCAAUUCCUCUCACUCUCUCACAAUACAACUCUACCAACCCACACCUAAGCCUCUCUCUUCCUUCUCCAACACCCAAACCUCAACCCCCAACUGACAAACCUCAACCCCCAACUCCCAAACCUCAACUGACUUUUCAAAACCUCCCACUCUAUCUUUUACUCCCCCCUUGCAUUCUCACUGGCCAAUCACACCCAUUUUAACCCUUUCCUUGACCCAUCCUAGGAGGCAAACGCCACAUUCCCCCUGCUAUGCAGGAAUAUGCAGCUGUCCCGUAUGGGGAUUGAACCUUCGACUUUGGUGUUAUCAGCACCAUGUUCUAACCAACUGAGCUACAGAUACUGGCCAAAGGUUUGAGGCAAGGUUAUUUCUUAAGAGUUUCUUCCCAAACAAAUAGCUGAAGCUGGUGGCAAUGAUGACAUGCUGCACUGCAGGAGUUUUCAACUGGUAGAAAACGUUAGUUUUAUUAUUAUCCAUUUGUCAGGUUAUCAUUGGACUAGAAAAUAAACUAAGCUGCAAGGAGGAGAUGGGAAUCUUCCACUUCCAUUUUGAUUAACUUCAGCUUGCUGUGUCAUCCCAACUCAAAUACAGUUAAUAUAGUUAAUCUUAACUAACAUCUUAACUAUAAUCUUAACUAUAAUUUAUUGAAGUGUCAGUAAACCAUAAUUAAGACUGAUCGUUUUUUUGUCUGGGUUCAGACCUGUAGUUGGUCAAAAAUGAAUGUGCCAAUGACUGUGCAUGACACUGAGCCUUGUUUAACAUCAGUGGUUCUGUAGCGCGCCAUACAUAUCACUAAUAUGUCCAUAUGGAUGGAACAUGAAAAACCCGUUGUCACUUAGAUAUUACUUUAUGGUUAUCACACUGGGAUUACCUUCAUGGUAUUAGAUUGUUGGGUUUGGCUGCUAAGUAACGGAUGCAUUGGAGAGAGUUUGCUGUAGGAUUUUGCUCCCCUAGAGAAUUGCAGGAUUUAUCUUGAUGCUGAAAAGGAAAAGGGAGGAGAGGAAAUCCGUACUUUAUCCAAUUAUAUGUAUCCUUUUUCAUUCUAAAGCUUUGAAAUCACAACAAUCUGUAAGUUUCAGUUACACUGCUUGUAGCAUUUGAAGGUGGCCAAUUCUCACUCAUGUUUGCUUCCUGUGGCGGGGGGGGGGGGGGGCUCCCUGAGCAUUUUGAUCUCCUCUCUCCUACCCUUGCAAGUUGUUCUGGGGGUUUUCCUGACCCCCACAAUGCAAUCUGAGCUUCAGUUUACUGUUCUCCAUCCAGUCCAUUAGUGUCUGGUUUAGGACUCCUACCACACAGAACACAGUGACUUCUGCAUCAUUGCAUGAAGAUCUUUGCAUGAGGGUCCCAGUGGCAGAAAGCACCCAGAGAGGUGUCUGUUAGCAAGGCCUUCAAGAGACAAGCAAGCAGUCUGCAACCUGGUUCAUAGGCUACUGCAGCGAAGUGCCCAUUGCUUUCUGAGAUUCCAAGCCACUCCAAGAGGACUGGGCAAAUGGUGUGGCUUCAUCUCAGAACUCCACUGCCCUCCUCUGUGUAGCAGGAAGGAAGCACACAGCCCUGCGCAUGAGUUCCUGGAGGAAUGAAUUUCAGGGGAAAGGCUUCCAUGCCUUUUGGGAGUUCUUCAAAAAUUAAAAUACAUUACAUUUACCUUAAUCAAAAGACAUCACUCUUUUCUAGUCAAGCAUCUCUGGGAAUCUAAUCUGCUUGUACAGUUCUGGAUGUUCUGCCCAAUUUGAAUGGUUGGAAUAUUGUUGCUCUUGUUGUUUCCUAUGGUAAUGGCAGUUUGAAGGAACCCUCAGUACAGAAACACAGUACAUUUCUGGCACCCAUUAGCCAAGUAUAAAUCCCCAUCCUCCCAAUGCAAGAAUUCAUUUUUAUUUUAUUUUUAAAUUCUUUUUAUUAAUUUCAAUUCAUUAUACAACACCAAACAUUAACAUAACAAAAAGACAAACAGAAAAAAACGAAAAUUAAAUGAAAGAGAUUACAUAACAUAAAACAUCAACAAAUUAAUUUUAAAAUAACUAAAUAACUAAAUAACACAACAAUAAUUGACUUCCCUUCAACUCGGUUUCGGAAUAUGUUACAAAAGGUUUUCUAUCUGCAGUUUCAUUUUCUUAAAUCUCUUUACAUCGCAGGCGUUAUAUCGAGCCUACUGUGAUUUUUAAAUUUUUUACCUCUGUUUCAAUAUAUGUCAUAAAUUUAUUCCAUUCAUUAUUAAACUUUGUACCUUUUUGGUUUCUUAUUUUCUGUGUCAUUUUUGCCAAUUCUAUAUAUUCAAAUAAUUUAGAUUGCCAAUCAUUUAUGGUUGGGAUUUUUGAGGUCUUCCAGUUUUGGGCUAUUAAUGUUCUAGCAGCCACCGUUGCGUAUUGGAAAAGUGUUUGAUCUUCCUUUUUAAUUUCUUCUCCGAUUAUCCCCAGAAGGAAGGCCUCGGGUUUUUUUGUGAAGGUAUAUUUAAAUAUGUUUUUUAGUUCAUUCUAAAUACUUUCCCAAAACUUUUUAAUUACCUCACAGGACCACCACAUGUGAUAAAAAUUGCCUUCCUUAAUCUUACAUUUCCAGCAUGAUUUGUCUCCGGUUUUGUACAUUUUUUCUAAUUUUACAGGUGUGAUGUACCACCUGUACAUCAUUUUUUCCAUGUUCUCUCUGAGUGAUGUACAAGCUGAGAAUUUCAUGCCUUUAUUCCAAAGUUUUUUCCACUUAUCAAACUCUAUGUUGUAUCCAAAGUCCAUCGCCCAUUUCACCAUUACCUCCUUUAUUUCCUCACCUUUGGUGUCCCAUUCUAGCAGCUGGCUGUACAUUUUUGAUAAGAGUUUUGAUUUGCUUUCCAAAAUUUCUACCUGGAAUCUAGAUUUUUUUUCAUCCCAAACUUUUUGUCUUCCGUCCACAAAGCGUUGAUUUGAUGAAAUUGGAUCCAGCCUGUUAGUUUAUUCUUUAUCUCUUCAUAUGACCUUAUCUUCCAUCCAUUUUCUGUUUUUACUAACAGAUCUUCAUAUGUCCAUCUUUCUCCUUCAGUAUUUAUUCUUUUAACUGUUAAAAUGUCAAUUGGUGAUAACCACCAAGGGGUAUUUCUUUCCAGUAGUUUUUUGUUUCUUUCCCAUACUUCUAAUAGUGGCCCUCUAAUAAUAUGAUUAGAAAAACCCUUGUGGACCUUUUUUUUAUUACGCCACAAAUAUGCGUGCCAACCGAAUCUUAUAUUGAAACCUUCUAAAUCUAACAGGUCUAUGUUUUUUAUGACAAUCCACUCUUUAACCCAGCAAAGGCACAAGGCUUCAUAAUAUAGCUUCGAAUUUGGUACCGCAAAUCCUCCCCAAUCUCUUUGAUCCGUUAGUAAUUUAAAUCUAAUUCUUGGCCUUUUUCCUUGCCAAAUGAAUUUAGAGAGUACUUUCUGCCAUUCUUUAAAUACUGAGGUUCCCCUAAUUAUCAGUAUAUUUUGAAAUAAGAACAGCAAUUUCGGCAAUAGAUUCAUCUUAAUUGCCGCCAUCCUGCCCGACCAAGAGAGUUUUAUUCUGUUCCAAGUAUCCAAGUCCUUCUUUAUUUCUUUCCAGGUGUUUGUGUAGUUGUCUUCCAUUAGAUUUAUGUUCUUCAUGGUUAGCCAAAUUCCCAGGUAUUUUACUUUUUUAGUUGCUUUGAUACCAGUCUGUAAUUCAAGGUGAUUUUUUAACUCUUCUUUCAUAUUUUUGGUCAUCAUUUUAGUUUUUGUUCUGUUUAAUUUGAAGCCUGAUAACUUUCCAAAUUCUUCAAGCAGAUCUAACACUUUACUAACACUUUUUUGUGGGUCCUCUAAUGACAACAUCAAAUCAUCAGCAUAUGCUUUCAAUUUAUAUUCUUUUACACCAAUUUUUAUUCCACGUAUCUCUGGAGUUUUCCUUAUCUUAUUUGCAAUAAUUUCCAAUACCAUGAUAAACAAAAGAGGUGAUAGAGGGCACCCCUGUCUUGUACCCUUUGAGAUUUCAAAAGAAUCCGUCAAAUUAUUAUUAAUGAUUAAUUUAGCUCUUUGGUUCGAGUAUAUUGCUUUUAUUCCUUCCAGGAAUGUGCCUGCAGUUUCCAUACAUUUUAUUAAGAAUUUCCAGGAUACAUUAUCAAACGCCUUUUCGGCAUCAAUAAACAUUAAUACCGCAGGAAUUUCAUUUUUACACUCCAAGUAUUUGGUAAUGUUUAUUACAUGUCGUAUGUUAUCCUUUAGUUGCCUAUUAGGUAGAAAUCCGACUUGGUCCUUGUGUAUAAAGUUGACUAAACACUUUUUAAACCGGUUCGCCAUUACCUCUGCAAAGAUUUUAUAAUCAUUAUUUAAUAAUGAAAUUGGUCUAUAAUUUUUAAUGUUAAGCUUGUCCGAAUCUGGUUUGGGUAUUAAUGUAAUAUAUGCUUCUUUCCAGGAAUCUGGUAUUCUUCCUCCUCUUAGAGUCUCAUUCAUUACUUCACAAAGCACCGGAGUUAGGAGUUCUUCUAGGACUUUGUAAUACUUGGCUGACAAGCCAUCAGGCCCCAGGGCUUUUCCUAAUUUCAUCUUUUUUAUCGCUUCUUGAAUUUCCUCCAUUUUUAUUGGUUUAUUGGUUUAUUUAAUUGACUUUUUUCCUCCUCCGAUAGGCCUUUAACUCUGUUGUCUUCUAAAUACCUUCCUAUUUCUGUUACAUCAUCUUCUCUUUUAUAUAGUUUUUCAUGAAAGUUAAGGAAGCCCUUUUUUAUUUCAUUAGGGUCCUCCAAGAGUUGUUCUUCUAUUUUUGUUACGUUUUCUAUUACGUUUUGUUUUCUCCUUUUUCUUAGUUGCCACGCUAGAAAUUUCCCAGUUUUAUUCGCUGACUCGAAAUAUUUUUGUUUCAUUGAUUUAAUUCCCCAUUCCACUUCUUGAUUUAUUAAAAUUGAAUAUUGUCUUUGUAAUAUCUUGUGUAGUUGUUUAUUUUUUUAUUCAUUUGGUUUCAGUAUUAAAUUCUUUUCGCAUUCUCUUAGUUGGGUAAGUAUCUCUCCUUUUUUUUGUUCUCUCAUCUUUUUCUUAUAACUGUUUUGUUGGAUCAAGAAACCUCUUAAAACUGCCUUGCUGGCAUCCCAAACUAUCUCCAUAUUUAUUUCUUUACUAAUGUUUAAAUCAAAAUAUUCUUUCAAGAUGGAUUUAGCUUUUCCAAUCACCUCCUCAUUUUCAAAUAGAUAAUUGUUCAUUCUCCAUCUGUACAUUCCCUGAGUUCCACAUUUUAGCUGUAACACUAUUGAGCUAUGAUCAGAUAGGGUUAUGGGUUGUAUCUCACAUUUCAUCACUCUUAUUGUUAAUUCUCUUGAGAUCCAUAUCUGAUCUAGCCUACUCCGACUCUGGUGUGGCUCUGAGAAAUGAGUGAAUUGUUUCAUCGUUGGAUUUUUAUGUCUCCAUAUGUCUACUAAAUCUAAAUUUUCCUCCAGGUCGUAAAAUGAUCUUGGUAAUUUCCCUUGUUUUAAAUUCUUUCUUUUCACACUUCUGUCUAGUUCUGGUACUGGCACACCAUUUAAAUCUCCAAGUAGAAUCAAUUUAUUAUUCUCUAGAUCUAAUAAUAUUUGUUCAAAUUUCUUAAAAAAGUCCCAAUGCAAGAAUUCAGAUGACCAAAAGAAGGAGGGGAUCUUUUUGGCAUUGUGACUGCUUGAGCUUCUGAUGGACAAACUGCUCAUUGCUUCACUUCUCCCGCCUUUCAGUGGAAUAUAGACAGGACUGAGUCUGAAUCUAAAAGGACACUCUGUAUGUUCACGACAUUUUCUUAUGAAAGAGUGAUCAAAAACAGAGUAGAGCCCUUAUCACCAGAAGCAAAGAUAAGUCACAUCUUGGAUAAUCCUCUCCAGGGUAAAUCAAGGCAAAUGGAACACAGGUGACUUGUCAAUAAAAUGAGCAAUUUCAGCUCUAUUAGCGUGGCAGUCACUGUGUGGUUUAUAGACUUAGGUCCAUAAGGGAUUCUGUUUCUGUGUUGUUGGGGAGCAGAUGAAAUCUGGAAGACACCAUCCUUCCAGCAAGGGUUAUCUAUUUAAAUACAGUGGUACCUCGGUUUAUGAAUUUAAUCCGCUCCAGAAGUCCGUUCUUUUUUUUUUUUUUAAAUGAUAUUUAUUAAAGUUUCCGAUAAAAAAGGACACAUCAGUAAAAAAGAAUUAAAAGUAAAAAGAAAAAUACACAAUACAAAAAUACACAAUACAAAAUACAAAAAAAAACAACAAAAGAAAAAACAGUUAAAAACAAUACCACCUUUUCAUCACCACUUUUGAAUUUACUUAUUUUCUGGACCUCCUCAUACCUCCCUCUUUUGUAUUCCAGUUCAAUUUGUUUGUCCAGCAAUUUCUUUCCCUCUUUUUUAAUCCCAAUCCUUAAUCUUAAUAUGGUAUAACAUUAAAUUCUUAUCUAUUAAUAGCCAGUUUUCCGUUCUUUUAACCUUUUUAUGCCUUAUCCUUAAUCUUAGUCUAUAUAUAACUUUAACGCCUGUGCAGCUAGAAACCACUUAAUUUCAAUCCAUCAUCACUCUAACAUUCUUUAAUUUUGCAAUAUUUCUGUAGAUAAUCUUUAAAUUUCUUCCAAUCUUCUUCCACCGACUCUUCUCCCUGGUCACGGAUUCUACCAGUCAUUUCCACCAGUUCCAUAUAGUCCAUCAGUUUCAUCUGCCAUUCCUCCAGUGUGGGUAGCUCUUGGGUCUUCCAAUACUUUGCGAUGAGUAUUCUUGCUGCUGUUGUUGCGUACAUAAAGAAAGUUCUAUCCUUUUUUAACACCGAUUGGCCGACUAUGCCCAGGAGAAAGGCCUCUGGUUUCUUCAAGAAGGUAUAUUUGAAUACCUUUUUAAUUCAUUAUAUAUCAUUUCCCAGAAAGCCUUAAUCUUUGGGCACGUCCACCAAAGGUGAAAAAAAUGUACCUUCAGUUUCUUUACAUUUCCAACAUUUAUUAUCGGGCACAUGGUAGAUUUUUGCAAGCUUGACUGGGGUUAUGUACCACCUGUAUAUCAUUUUCAUAAUAUUCUCUCUUAAGGCAUUACAUGCCGUAAAUUUCAUACCUGUGGUCCAUAACUGCUCCCAGUCAGCGAACAUAAUGUUGUGUCCAACGUCUUGUGCCCAUUUAAUCAUAACAGAUUUCACCGUUUAAUCCUGAGUGCAGAAGUCCGUUCUUAAACCGAAACUGUUCUUAAACCGAGGUACCACUGUAGGCAGUAAAGAACCUGUCCCACCAGACACUGCCUAUCAGGAGCAAACUCUCUGCUGAAGGGUAGAGCUUUCCAUCUUUAGAAGAACAGGGAAGAAGUACUUGAACUCAAGUUGGUUUUUCAUUGGGGUUGAAUGAAGCCAGAAACAUAAAGAGCAGCCUUUGAACAGGUACUGGCAUUCAGAGUUUGGUGUGAAACAUUUUACCAGAACAAUUGCAGUGAGCAAGCUAAAAAUAGGCUUAAGAAGCAGACUGUAUAGCCAUAAUACAUAUCAUUUGACUCUUGGUUAGCAAAGAGGAAAGACGCUCUCUUGUGCUGCUAGAAUUGACUUAAUAAAACCUGCUUUGAAGUAGAUGCUGUGCUUUUCCUAAGUUCAGUUGACACACCAAGCCCACGCUCCAAUUUAUGAGGUGGAAAUAGCGGCACAAGCCUGCAGGGAUGGGGAACCUGUGGCCCUUCAGAUGUUGUUGGGACCCCCAAGUCCCAUCAGCUGUAGCAAGCAUGGUCAAUGGUCAGGGAUGAGCCGAGUUGUAGUUCAAGCAUCUGGAGGCCCCAGGUUUCCCAUCUCUGAUCUAAAGAAAUGUGUGGUGUUGGUGCAGAGACAAAUUUUACAGAAUCUUCGCCCUUUCUUUUGUGGGGGAAGAAUAACAGGAAUUGGGCAACAGCAUGAAUGGACUCGUAUGUCACAGUAAUUUAGGUGCACAGUAUAUACCUGCUCCUUCACGGCAUGAAUUGGAGCUCUGGUAGGUUUCAGAACUUUCCAUCAUUUUCUGGAGUGGUUUUUUUGUGGGGGUGAACAGUGUGCAAUAAACAGAAAACUGUCUUGCUAAGUAUGUUGAUAAUAUAUUGUCUGUUUGCAGGUAACUGUUUUGGUCCUUUUUGCCCUUGCAUUCCUGACGUGUGUUGUAUUUCUGGUAGUCUACAAGGUUUACAAAUAUGACCAUACCUGUCCAGAAGGCUUCAUUUUCAAGGUAAUACAUAGUUUUCUAAAACCAGCAACAACAGAACACAGUGAUUCCGAUGUAUUGAUCAUCUGUAUUGUUUUAGGGGCAUAAUAAUGAAAACUAAAGGAAUGGUUCAAAUAGGUUGGGGUUUAGCUCAGGUUAAAAACUAAAGGCGGCCUGAGGACUUGCAAAAUUAUGAGAGGCAGGGAGAACAUGUUAUUUCUGUCCCUCUCAAUUCUAGGCUAUUUUGCACUAAUAUUCUACAUAAUUUAAAACAGUAACAGAAGCCCUGUGCACCUUGUGGAGGGUGUUUUGGUAAUAUCCCAAUCAAUGUUCAGAGAACUGAAAAUGAAUACAGAAUGUGUGUCAGCCAAUGAAAUAAUGUUAGUUAUUUUUGCCUAUUCAGACAAUAGAUUUAAGUUUAAAUAAAUGCAGGGUUUUUGACUCCUGACUCCGCUUUUUAGAGAUGCUGACGGGUGAGAAAACUCAGUGUUUAAUAAAUGAGUUAUAAUUUGCCACACCAAUCAUGCUUAUCAACUCCUUUGAGAACAUGGACAUGCCCCCGGAUCCAGUUUGGAGCUGAAUGUGGACUUAAGCAAGCUUAAACACAUACACCACUGAAUGGAGAAUCAAUCCCAUGUGCCAUCUGGUCCAGCACACUUUCCCCUCUUGGUCCAAGAGCUGAACCUUGAAGCAAAAAUGAAAUUCCACUUAAUAGCUGCUUGAGGCAGGAUGUUCCUAGAUUUUGUCUCUCCCACCUGGCUGCUCUCCUUUCCCUCUCAAGCAGAUGAUUGGCAACAUUUCUUUAAAGUGCUGCAGGAACCACAUCAUCAGGUACUCCACAUAGAGAACAUGUGUUGAGGGAAAGGUCUGCUAUAGAAAGGUUUUAAGGAGGUUCCGCCAUGGACUUGAUAGAGCUGAAGCGUAAGAACCUGAAGAGUCAGGUUGGAGCGGGGGACUUCAUGGGAAUAAACAAAAAAGUGAGAUUUUCAGUGGUCAGUGGUUAAGAGCAGUGGACUCGUAAUCUGGGGAACCGGGUUCGCGUCCCCGCUCCUCCACAUGCAGCUGCUGGGUGACCUUGGGCCAGUCACACUUCUCUGAAGUCUCUCAGCCUCACUCACCUCACAGAGUGUUUGUUGUGGGGGAGAAAGGGAAAGGAGAAUGUUAGCCACUUUGAGACUCCUUCGGGUAGUGAUAAAGCAGGAUAUCAAAUCCAAACUCUUCUGAGUGCACACAGCCAGGAUUUUGCAGUUCUUGCUUCAACACCUCUUCUGUCAAACUGCCUUUAUAUUUGGAGGGAGUUUGAAAAGUUGUUUGGGGCUAAUGGGAUGGAAAAUUGCAUCAAAGGUGUGCAUGCAUUUUUAUUUUUUUUGAAUGACUGUUGAGGUAGGGUUUGUGCUGGAUCAUGGUCUAUGUGCCCGUCUCCUACUGAGAAUCUACAGGAAACAGGAAGUCCUUUUAUGAUUUACAUAUCAGGGGAAACUGUUUCACUCUUCUAGUGCGUAUCUUGGAGGGAUGGUGUAUCUUUCUAGGGUCUUCCUGUGUGACAAAGUGUACCCACAGUGGACUGAGUGAGAAUUUAGGAGAAAACUUCAGUAUUCCUUCAACUUGCACAGGAUGAAAACCCAGGGAAAGGGUGGGUACAUGGGUGUUGUAAGCAAGUACAAUAUGCAAGGCUAGAAGACUGUGUUUUUAGUUUCAUGGUGCAGAAGUUAAGGUGGGCACGUUUGUUGUCCUGCUCUGUUAUAUUUGUUUUAUUCUUGUUACCCACCAUGGAUUAAAUUAAAUUACAAACAACAAUAGAAAAAUGGCCUAGAAAUAAUUUAAAUACAUUGAAAUGACUGUCUUUCAGAACAAUCAAUGCAUUCCGGCUGGAUUAGAGAACUACUACUCUGAACAAGACUCUAGUGCUAGAGGGAAAUUUUAUACAGUUAUAAACCACUACAACCUGGCCAAACAAACGAUCACGCGAUCCGUAUCUCCGUGGAUGACAGUGCUUUCAGAAGAGAAACUUUCUGAGCAGGAGACUGAAGCAGCUGAGAAAUCGGCUUAACGUGAUUGAUCUUGUUGAUUGGAAGGUAUCAAGGGGGCUUUCAUCGAACGUCUCAUUGUUAUGGAUAAUUUAGAGGUUACUCAUAUUUAUGGUGCAAUUGCUUUGGUUUGCCGAUAACUGCUUUGCAAAAAGGAAAAAUAAGAAAAUAAAAACUUAGACCAUUAAUGGCCAAGUGCAUAUCAGCAUUGCUUUAGAGCUUUAACACCAGUUUCUCUGUUAAUAAUUCCAACUUAGGUACCUUCUUGCAGUUUAGAAUUCCAUUGAGCCAUCCAGGGGUUUGGACACAGGGGAGAAUUGUGCAUUUUACUGUGUGUACUAAUGUUUUGUUUUAAAAUCAGUUUUGCAAUCUGAGUUAUCAUAGCCAUAACUAGAAAUUAUGUGGGUUAGUUAUAAACUGUAUUUAAAAUUGGUUUGCGACUCCAAGAUGAGUACCAAAAAAUAAAGUUGGCCUGUUUUUUCUCACUGUAACAGAUAUGUUAGAAGUAAUUAAGUUCUUUGCAACAAGGCAUGCUUAAUUGUUGUUUUGUUAAAGCUGUGAACAUUUCACUGCAUUUCCACUAUGGCUAGAGAAUCUUGUAUAUGGACUUGCACUGACACAAAACAGACACUAUGGAAAUGUACAUUUUAAUGGUGGAUCAUGAUGUUUAGUGAAUGUGCAAAAAUGUUAGGCGGCAAAAUAUUCUGAUAAGUAGUGGAGCCCUACGGAACAGACAAAAAAAGCCACUGUAGAGGUAGCCCACAAUGUAAUAUGUGCAACACGACAGGAGGAGCAGUUUUCUUAGAACUUUCUCUUUUUGUACAACAUUAAAAGAUUUCCCUUUUUAUAUGUUGCAAAAUGCUUUGCGUUAGCAGCACCGUUUGGGCAUUUUCUAAUCUUUAGACAUUAAGGCUGCAACCCUAAGCAUAUUUACCCGGAAAACAGUUCCACUGGACUCAGUGGGACUUUCAUGUAAACAUUUUAGAACUGGGUGUGAGGGAGAAAAUGCAUUAAAUGCAUAAAAAGAGCCCUAUUCCCAUUGCAUUUCUGAAAUGGCAUGUGGGGAAAGGGAGAAUAGGAGACAGGCUGCCUUCUUGAGAUAAACUUGGAUGGGGUGGGUGAUGGGUGGGGGGAGUAGUAGACAAGCCUAGAAUUGUAGGUGCACGUUUAUUGUGUUGGCAAGUUUCUAAACUAUUACAUGUUUAUUAUUUAUAAACCUUUCAACGUACAUUACAUAAAUAUUUUCAUUAACUUUAUCACUGGAAAAAGCGGCUUAAACAUUGGGUGGUCAACCUGUAGCACGCCUGGAAUAAACCACGGAAAUGUUGCGUGGCAGGCUGUGGCUCAGAGAUUGGCUUUGCCUCUUGCCAUGUGUCCAGUGCUGUGCUUUUGUGCUAGCAUGCACUGCAGAGGCGCCAGAGCAAUGCUUUAUAAGUAGUGGCACUUGACAGGAUGUCCAAUGGUACAAGUACCCCUGGUUGAAAAGCACUGCACCAGAAUUAUACUCUCUCAAACCUGGGCCUUGACUUGCGUACAGUUGACCGAAGGGUUGGUCAUCACUGGAUCAAAGCACUCAGCUGCUAUUUUUGUUCAUGCUCUGAAUGUGCUACUUCCCAGUGGACAUGUCAAAAGUUUCAUUAUUUUUGUAGACACAUGCUUUCCAAAAACACAUAUGUAGUAGAACAAACAUGGUUGGUUCCACUUCUGGUUACAUUUUCUCCCGAUACAUUUCAGCAUCACGAGCCCGCUUAGCAAAAGCCAGUUGUUUUUUUCAUUAAGAACUUUUCAUACUGGACAUAGUUUCAUGUUGUAAAAGAACUUUUAGUAUGUCAUCAUUGCUGUGUGGAAUGCAUAAAAGCAAUAAAUUAUGUGCCAAAUCUUUCUUUUGCAUUUUGAAAAAAAAGUUCGGUCCCAUAUAAACAUAUUAAACUAUACCAUGUUUGUAUUUCCUAGUAGUCAGGUACUUUAUUGAAUGUAAAUUCACAUGUAACUUUUGACAUUUUCACUCUGUGUAAAAUAAAGAAAAAGGAGGAUAACCAAGUCUCAAGCUCAGUAUGUUGACAUAGACAUAUGUAUUAUUGCAUUUAAAAUCAAUCAGAAAUGAAGGAUUCCAAUCACUGUACUUAUGGCAACAUUCACCUCAAGUUUUCCUAUGAUGAUUAUUCUACAUGUCUACGAUUGAAGAAUUUGGAUUACUUUGUUUUCUAUAGUGGUACAUUUAUGAAAAAAGAAAGAAAUGGAAAGCAGUUUUGUUGUAAAUUGAAAUGCCAACUGUGAAGAAUCACAUGCUAAACAGUCAAACCUUUCCUUUUCAAUGCAAUCUGGAAUUUAUUUUGCCUUUCUGGAAUAAGGUUCAUUUAGGCCAUCAGUUUGAUUUUUUUCAACCUGUCAUGUAUGAACUUUGUUGACAGAUGAGACUCUAGGACUUGCUGUGAACUUCAGUUGCUUGGUCACUGAGCAGCACUGCAAAACUCCCACCAGCAAUCCAUGUGUGCAAAAAUAUUUAGAAAGAGACCAUUGUAAUAAAAUAUUGGGUAAAUAGCUAAAAAGCUAUGUUCGUUGAUGCACCACAACAGUUCCCUGUGUGAACUUACACUAAACCUAACUUCCAGUUGUACCAGUACGUCCUGUAGCAGAAGGUGUAGAAAUGCACAUGUCUGGUCAAGGUAUUUCGACCAUGAUGAUGCAUGAAAUACAAGACGUGUUGCUUUGUAAAGAAAACAUCUUCAGCCAGUGUCCGUCCCAGGUGGCUUCAGCAGAUUUUGGUCAGGGCUAUAUGAAUAAUGAAUGGGCCAGGGUUAGCUACCAUACCAGUCC